GGGAAAGUGGAGGGUGGUAUUUAAAGGGGAAAGCUGACAAUGCUGCUGAGGGAAGGAACAGGCGCUUUGAGCUGCUGGGUUGCACUCGCACACGCAAGCUGAUGCACGCAGCUCUCAACAUCAACAUGGACACGGACACAGAGACUACAGCACUUUGUUCUUCCAGCAGCCGUCAGGCCUCCCCACCAGGGACACCCACACCAGGAGCAGAUGCUAUACUUCUGAAGAAUCCAGAAAAACUGUUGGCAGAGUUGGACCGAAGUGGGCCACUCCCUGACCCUGGAGCCCCCAGAAGAAGAGGCAGUAUGCCAGUGCCCUACAAGCAUCAGCUGAGGCGAACUCAGGCUGUAGAUGAACUUGAUUGGCCACCUCAGGCCUCAUCUUCUGGCUCCUCUGACUCCUUGGGCUCAGGAGAGACAGCUCCUGUCCCAAAAGAUGGCAUCUUCAAGGUCAUGCUGGUGGGGGAGAGUGGUGUGGGCAAGAGCACCCUAGCAAGCACUUUUGGUGAUCUCCAGGGAGACAGUGCUCAUGAGCUGGAGAACUCAGAGGACACCUAUGAGAGACGCAUCAUGGUGGACAAAGAAGAAGUGACUUUAAUUGUUUAUGAUAUCUGGGAAGAGGGAGACGCAGGCGGAUGGCUGCGGGACCACUGCCUUCAGACCGGGGAUGCCUUUCUCAUAGUCUUCUCAGUCACGGAUCGACGAAGUUUCUCGAAAGUUCCGGAAACGCUUCUUCGGCUCCGGGCUGGGAGGCCCCACCACGACCUGCCAAUCAUCCUAGUGGGAAACAAGAGUGACUUGGCCCGCUCUCGGGAGGUAUCACUGGAGGAGGGCCGCCACCUGGCCGGGACGCUGAGCUGCAAACACAUCGAGACUUCGGCCGCGUUGCACCACAACACGCGGGAGCUCUUCGAGGGCGCAGUGCGCCAGAUCCGGCUGCGGCGGGGCCGGGGCCGCCGGGCGCAGCCGCCGGAGCCGGGCAGCCUCGAGGGCCCCGCGCCGCCCGCGCGCCGCGAGAGCCUCACCAAGAAGGCCAAGCGCUUCCUCGCCAACCUGGUGCCGCGCAACGCCAAGUUCUUCAAGCAGCGCUCCAGAUCGUGUCACGACCUCUCUGUGCUCUGAGCCGCGGUCGCCAUGGCCACAGCUGUCGCCAUGGCCACCGUGCCCUUGGCGAGUCCCCUCGGCCCUCCCCCGACCGCGUGCAGCCGUCCAGGACACCAAAAGCUUCAGGAUGCCGUGGUCACCACUCUGGAGGACGUCGUGCGCGCGGACUGGACCUGGGCCGGAACAAGUCAGGAAAAAAAACAUCACUUCUACAAACAAAACAAAACAAAACAAAAACCAAAUUAGCUGGCCCUUGGCCACCUCUCCUGUAAAGAGUCUUUUAAACUGGAAAAGUGGGAGCUGAGUGUGGUGGCGCAUGCCUUUAAUCCCAGCACUUGGGAGGCAGAGGUAGGAGGAUCGCCGUGAGUUCGAAGCCACCCUGAGACUACUUCGUGAAUUCCAGGUCAGCCUGAGCUACAGUGAAACCCUACCUGGGGAGGGGAGGGGGACUGCAAAAGUGUUUUGUGGACUCCUGGAUAAAAUUGACCUCCUUACUACUCUAAACAUGCCUCACCUUUAAAGGUAAAAACAGACUUCCGGUGGCCCUGGUCAACUUUGCCCUUAACAAGUUCUUAAAGGCACGGCCUGAAAGUGCUGAGAUUGGAUUCUGAUUUACCAUUUCGCUCUAACGUUUCCCCUUUAAGGUUAUUGACAGUAACGUGUGGACAGAUUUUCUGCUUUUAGAUGCCAGAAAGUAGAGCUGAGCAGUGGUAACCCCUUUGGCCAGGGCCAGGAGGCACCAGCAAGGGGCUACCCCAUUCCUUUCCAAUAAAGAAUUUUUUUG